AUGUUACUGAAGAAGAUCAUGAAUCGAGGUGGUCGAGCUCAGGCGGCUGCUCAGGCUGCCGCCGCCGCUCAGGCUCAGGCUCAGGCACAAGCUCAGGCGGGCAAUGAUCAGCAUGGCGGCGGAAACGGAGCCCCAACAGGUGGCGGCGGCAUUCUGCCCCCUUCCGGUCUGCCCAUGGGCAACCUCACCAAUGUGCCCCUGCAGGGAGGAGGAGGAGGAGGAGCAAUCUACGGCGGACCAAACAACACCCCACUUCGCAUUAAGAGCACGUCCAUCCACCUGGAGUACACCAUCACCGACACCGUCCUCGGACUGGGCAUCAACGGCAAAGUGCUCGAAUGCCGCUCCAAGACCACCGGACAGAAGUACGCUCUUAAGGUUCUCCGCGACAACGCCAAAUCACGACGAGAAGUAGAGCUGCACUGGCGAGCAAGCCGAUCAAAACAUAUUGUUCAAGUUUUAGAUGUGUUUGAGAACAAUUUAAGUAACAGUAAAUGCCUCUUUGUUAUCAUGGAAUGUAUGGAAGGUGGUGAAUUGUUUCAGAGAAUUCAAGACAGAGCAGAAAAUGCUUUCACAGAACGUGAAGCAGCGGAAAUUAUGCGGGACAUUUGCAAGGCCAUUCUCUACUUGCACUCAUUAAACAUUGCUCAUCGAGAUGUGAAGCCAGAAAAUUUGCUGUACACUCGAAAAGAUCCUACGGGAAUUCUCAAAUUGACCGAUUUUGGUUUUGCAAAGGAAACCACGCAAAUGUUGCAGCUACAAACGCCCUGUUACACGCCAUACUACGUCGCUCCUGAGGUGCUCGGUCCUGAGAAAUACGACAAAAGUUGUGAUAUGUGGUCCCUAGGCGUCAUCAUGUACAUCCUCCUCUGCGGGUAUCCCCCCUUUUACAGCAACCACGGUUUGGCCAUUUCACCGGGAAUGAAGAAACGAAUUCGCGCUGGAAUGUACGACUUUCCUGAAUCAGAGUGGCGACAUGUGUCGAAAGAUGCAAAAGACCUCAUUAAAGCACUCCUGUGCACAGAUCCCGAUAAACGGUUAACUAUUGAGCAGGUGAUGAAGCACAACUGGAUUGCGCGCUACACUGAAGUUCCUCAAACGCCACUGUGCUCACUUAAAAUUCUCCGCGAAGACCACGAACAGUGGCCUGAAGUGCAGGAG